AAGAACUCUCUCUCCUCUCUUCUCUUCUCUGCUCCCGUCCUCCUUCACUCUUCCCUUCUUUCUACUUCACUGGUUCCAUUCAAACUGUUGGAUUAUUCCCUCUUUCCUGCAGUGUGUUCUGAGGAGAAGAUCACACACAAUUAUAUUUUAGAGAAGAACUCAAAACCUGACAGCUGUGCUCGUGUCGGAGAGGAAUACACUGUCUCGGAGUGUGUGAGAAAGACAGAGAGGGAGAGGGAGAUUUCUGGAGUGUCUGACUGAACAAUCAAACGGAACAGAUUGAGGGAUGUGACAGAGAGGACUUCUUCAAGCAAUAACAGAUCAGUCCAUUCCGAUCGUCAGGAUGUCCGGGAUGGACUUCCCAUUGGAGGAGCUCAACAUAACCGGAAUCUCCCCUGACAACGGAACCUUCCUGAGGUUCUCCCCCACCUCCGUUUCCACUGCAGCCGCAGCGGCAGGGACAGGGUCGUCGUUGUCAGGCUCGUCGCCGGGGAGACAGGAGAAUGUUUACGUGUACGUGUGGAUCUUCCUGAGCCUGCUGGUGUUCCUGCUGACGAUGAUCAUCAUCGCCCUCCACAGGCUGAAGAACAUCAUUACAUCCUCCUCCUCUGUACCUGACUGCAGCAGUGAGGGGGGCAGCUCAUUCACCAACAUGGAGAUCUGUAGUAUAUCUUCACAGAGAUCCACCGUGUCCUCACUGUCCAUCUGAGAGACAACACACACACACACACACACGGAUACACAGAUACAGAUGAAACACACACACACACACACACACACACUCCUGUAAAAGGACAAAGAAACACGGAGUACCACAUGAGACAAGCUUUUCUGUUGGACCAUAUGGGACUUUACUCUGAUGUGUUAAGGCUUUCAACUGAACUCUGAACCCUCUGUGACCUCUCCUUUUGGCUCAUGGGAAACGUAGUUCACUGUGAGAAGAACAGAACCAGGAAGAGGGAGAGAGAACUCUGUUUUUUAACCUGGGGGUGUAUUUACUAGGACCCAAAUGGAAGCAAGGGCAGAAACGGGGGAGGGACCCGUUUUCUGUUGCAAAACGUUUCGCUACGGUGUUCGCUAAUUAAACACCCCUGGUCUGUUUCGAUCCUCGCCUCCAUGGAAUAAAACUUUGGAAUCUUAGAAGUCCUCAGGCAAGCUGGCCGGGGUCUAAUCUUAUCUAGGGUCGAUAUCAAUCUGAUUGAUGUCAGUCGUUCUCUUUUUAUUUGAAAUAGGAAACAACCUCUUCUGUUGCUAAUUCCACAUGGAUUAACAAUAUGUGACUGAUAUGUUUAUCGCAGAUAACAUAACUAAUCCAGGAUUGCAUUCAUUCAAAGUUAAUCUUUCUCUGGCUAUGUACAAAAUGGCACCAUACCCCCUAUAUAAUUGGUCCUGGCCAACAGUAGUGUUCUCUAUAGGGAAUAGGGUGCCAUUUCAGAUUUGACCCCACUGCUGUUUUCUUUCUGUAAUAUCAAAAAUCUUUACUGUUUCCAAGGCAACCUGUACUAACCUGGUUUUAGUGCGAAGUAAAGUUAUUUCUGUAAUAUCAAAAUAUCUCUUAUGUUUCCAGGGCAACCUGUACUAACCUGGUUUAACUGUGAAAUAUAGUUCUUUCUGUAAUAACAAAAUAUCUCUACUGUUUCCAGGGCAACCUGUACUAACCUGGUUUAACUGUAAAGCAUAGUUCUUUCUGUAAUAACAAAAUCUCUCUACUGUUUCCAGGGCAACCUGUACUAACCUGGUUUAACUGUGAAGUACAUACUCAUAUUUGAUUAUUUUAAAAGUAUUGAAUUGUGAUGGGUUGGAUAUCGAGAAGGUUCAACAGUAAAAAAUAUUAACAUUUGUAAUACUGUACAUAUCACUCUUUGUUUGAAGGUAUGACCCCACAACUUGUUGGUCUCAUUUCCUGACAUUGUUACAGACAAAGUUCCACACAAGGAAAAUAACAUAAUAUAAGAACAGAAAUAAAGGUAAAAAAGGCCAAAAGCCAGAGUAUUCUCUCCCAGGGAUCAGGGGCCUUAUGCCAUAAAGCCAGAGUAUUCUCUCCCAGGGAUCAGGGGCCUUAUGCCAUAAAGCCAGAGUAUUCUCUACCAGGGAUCAGUGGCCUUAUGCCAUAAAGCCAGAGUAUUCUCUCCCAGGGAUCAGGGGCAUUAUGCCAUAAAGCCAGAGUAUUCUCUCCCAGGGAUCAGGGGCCUUAUGCCAUAAAGCCAGAGUAUUCUCUCCCAGGGAUCAGGGGCCUUAUGCCAUAAAGCCAGAGUAUUCUCUCCCAGGGAUCAGGGGCCUUAUGCCAUAAAGCCAGAGUAUUCUCUACCAGGGAUCUGUGGCCUUAUGCCAUAAAGCCAGAGUAUUCUCUACCAGGGAUCAGGGGCCUUAUGCCAUAAAGCCAGAGUAUUCUCUCCCAAGGAUCUGUGGCCUUACACCAUAAAGCCAGAGUAUUCUCUACCAGGGAUCUGUGGCCUUAUGCCAUAAAGCCAGAGUAUUCUCUCCCAGGGAUCAGGGGCCUUAUGCCAUAAAGCCAGAGUAUUCUCUCCCAGGGAUCAGUGGCCUUAUGCCAUAAAGCCAGAGUAUUCUCUCCCAGGGAUCAGGGGCCUUAUGCCAUAAAGCCAGAGUAUUCUCUACCAGGGAUCAGUGGCCUUAUGCCAUAAAGCCAGAGUAUUCUCUACCAGGGAUCAGGGGCCUUAUGCCAUAAAGCCAGAGUAUUCUCUCCCAGGGAUUAGUGGCCUUAUGCCAUAAAGCCAGAGUAUUCUCUCCCAGGGAUCAGGGGCCUUAUGCCAUAAAGCCAGAGUAUUCUCUACCAGGGAUCAGGGGCCUUAUGCCAUAAAGCCAGAGUAUUCUCUACCAGGGAUCAGGGGCCUUAUGCCAUAAAGCCAGAGUAUUCUCUACCAGGGAUCAGGGGCCUUACACCAUAAAGCCAGAGUAUUCUCUACCAGGGAUCAGGGGCCUUAUGCCAUAAAGCCAGAGUAUUCUCUCCCAGGGAUCAGGGGCCUUAUGCCAUAAAGCCAGAGUAUUCUCUACCAGGGAUUAGUGGCCAUACUUUCAGAGAGCUCCUCUCGAUGCCCUUCCAGUUGAUUCGACCUGAAACUUUCUUAUUCUCUCUGACAGUUAGAGUGUUACCUUGCACGUAGUGAGUACUUGAAAAGACCCUGAUGUUUCUUUGGUCAGUCCACCAUUUCAGCUCAGCUUUGGGUUUUGAAUCAGUCAAAGAAGACGUCAGCUCUCUCUCUGUCUUUUCUGGCAGCCAUCCUCUAUAAAGGUCUUUGAUGUUUUGAUGUUCUCCUUUGUGUAGCUUACCCAUUUCUUCUCAUCAAUGUCCUCAUUCGUCUGCCACUCUCUCAUCAUCAACUCUCUGAUAUCAACUAUUCUCUAGCCCAGUUUAUACCUGGUUCUAACAUGCGUCUAUUGUCCUGAUGUUGUCCACAUUCUGAUUGUGCCCACAUUUAUGGACAGGUGUAGACAAUCAAAAAACACAUUGUAAUCUGAUUGUGCUCUGAUUGGGAUUAAACUUCCUUAACACCUCCGGAGGUAGUUGAAGAUAGCCUUGAAGUGGUCCUCUGUAGCUCAAUUGGUAGAGCAUGGUGCUUGUAAUGCCA